AAAAUAGAGGAAACGGCGAGUCCAUGGCUCUAUUUCUUUUUUGUUUUUCCAUCAAAUAAUUACCCAAAUGCUCGCAGGCUUUUGUGAGCGAAAGAAGGCUGAAUGAAGAACAUGAGGAAUAUGCCCAGGCGCCAUUGCUACACCAUUUUUGUAUUCUUGACACUAAUCAUUUUCUUCCCAACAAUUGCUACCUCUGCAGAUUCCAUAACACCAACUCAAAGCCUCACCAAUGGCCAAACUCUUGUCUCUGAAGGUGGUGUCUUCGAGCUUGGACUUUUCUCACCGGACAAUUCAGGGAAAUGGUAUGUUGGUAUAUGGUACAAGAACGUCCCUGAUACAACGUAUGUCUGGGUUGCUAACAGAGACACCCCGCUUGCAAAUUCAUCCGGAACCCUCAAAAUCUACAACCAAAGCAUUGCUCUUUUUGAUCAAGGAGGGACAAUUGUUUGGUCCUCAAAUCAAACUAAGGCCGUCAACCCUGCUGCUCAACUUCUAGACUCUGGAAACUUUGUUCUAAGAGAAGAUAAUGGCAGUGAAAUUCUGUGGCAAAGUUUUGAUUACCCGACGGAUACUUUGUUGCCAGGCAUGAAGCUGGGGUGGGAUCUUGAAAAAGUUUUUGAGAGGAAUUUAACUUCAUGGAAAGGCAAAGAUGAUCCUUCAUCUGGGGACUAUACUUUCAAGGUGGAUUUUAAUGGAUACCCAGAAAUUUUCUUGUUGAACAAACAAAAAAAAAUGUAUCGGAGUGGGCCGUGGAACGGGCUUAGAUUCAGUGGUGUCCCAGAAAUGGCACCUCUGUCUAACAUGAACUUCGAAUUCGUUAUAGAUCAAGAUGAAGUGUAUUAUUCAUUUAAUGUAACAGACAAGAAGUUGUUGUCAAGAUUGACGGUUGAUUCAUCCGGCCGUCUUCAAAGAUUUACAUGGGUUGAAGAGAAUCAAGAAUGGAACCCAUUUUGGUACGCACCAAAAGACCAGUGUGACGAUUAUCAGGAGUGCGGUCCAUAUGGGAUAUGUGAUGCAAAUGAUUCACCUGUCUGCAACUGCAUGAAAGGAUUUCAACCUAAAAAUCCCCAAGCCUGGAGCUUGAGGCUCGGAUCAGAUGGGUGUGUCAGAAAGACAGAGUUGCAAUGCUUGAAAGACAAGUUUUUGCAUUUGAAGAAUAUGAAGUCGCCAGAUACUAGCACCUCAUUUUUUGACAUGAAAAUGACUCUGAAGGAUUGUGAGGAGUUAUGUUCGAGGAAUUGUUCUUGUACAGCUUAUGCAAACGCCAAUGUAAGCAACGGUGGCUCUGGUUGUGUCAUAUGGACGGGCGACCUCCUUGACAUGCGGAAAUAUGCAGAAGAUGGCCAAGAUCUCUAUGUUAGAUUAGCUGCUUCCGAUAUAGGUGAUGGAAGGAGUGCAAUUCCUCUGAUAAUAGGCUUUACAGUUGGUGGUGUCAUUUUGGUUUUAGGAGUCGUUGCCUUUUUUCUAUGGAAAAGGAAAUUGUUAUUUACAGGAAAAGGGAAGACACAACAGAGAGGUCCUCUAGAAAGAAGCCAAGAUUUACUACUGAAUGAAGUGGUUAUCUCUAGCAAAAGAGACUACUCUGGUGAAAAGACAGACGAACUUGAAUUGCCAUUAUUUGAUUUUGAUACCAUAGCAACAGCCACGGACAACUUUUCUGAAGAAAGUAAACUUGGACAAGGUGGCUUUGGCAGUGUUUAUAUGGGUAGGUUAGUGGAGGGUCAAGAGAUAGCAGUAAAGAGGCUCUCAAGAAACUCUGGGCAAGGCAUUGAAGAAUUCAAGAAUGAGGUCAAAUUAAUUGCCAGGCUGCAGCACAGAAAUCUGGUUCGACUGCUUGGUUGCUGCAUUGACAUGGAUGAAAAGAUGCUGAUAUAUGAGUACAUGGAACAUAGAAGCCUUGAUUCUAUUUUAUUCAAUAAAGCAAAAAGCAAUCUACUGAAUUGGCAAAGGCGUUUCAAUAUUAUUUCUGGGAUCGCUCGAGGACUUCUUUAUCUUCACCAAGAUUCUAGAUUUAGAAUUAUUCAUAGAGAUCUCAAAGCAAGUAACAUUCUACUUGACAAGGACUUGAACCCAAAAAUAUCAGACUUUGGCAUGGCUAGAAUAUUCGGAGGAGAUCAAACAGAAGCAAAUACCAAGAGAGUGGUUGGAACAUAUGGCUAUAUGUCUCCCGAAUAUGCAAUGGAUGGACUCUUCUCAGUGAAAUCUGAUGUUUUCAGCUUCGGAGUUCUGUUGUUGGAGAUUGUAAGUGGCAAGAAGAACAGAGGAUUUUACCACUCAAACAGCGAGCUUAACCUUCUUGGACAUGUAUGGAGAAUGUGGAAAGAAGGAAAGGGGUUGGAAGUAGUAGAUCCAGCAGUGGGCGAUUCAUAUCCUGCACAUGAAGUAUUGAGAUGUAUGCAGGUUGGGCUGUUAUGUGUCCAGGAGAAUGCAGAAGAAAGGCCAAAAAUGUCAGCUGUGCUUUUGAUGUUGGGCAGUGAAACUGCAACAAUGCCCCAGCCUAAAAUCCCUGGAUUUUGCCUCGGAAGAAACCCUCCUGAAACCGAUUCAUCUUCGAGCAAGCAUGAUGAAUCAUGCACAGUAAACCAGGUCACAGUUACAAUGCUAGAUGCUAGGUAGUGAAAGGAAAAACCUAAUCUGGUAAAUUGUAUAUUUGGAAAACUUUUGGAAUUUUCUUUGUAUAUCUUCUGCCGUAAUUUUUACUUUGGAAAUGAGUCUUUGUGGUUUAUC